CUGCCCAGCCCGCGACGCCUUGGGUGCUGCUUGGAGAUUCCAGAAAUUGACUGCCUGCAGGAAAUCAUGAGGUCACAGUACGUCACAGUGCCUAUAGUAACUAUCCUGCUGUUCUUAUUAUGGAUUCCACCAUCAAUGGGCUGCAAUAAGGCUCUCUGUGCUAGUGAUGUCAGUAAAUGUCUGAUACAGGAGCUAUGUCAAUGCCGACCUGGUGAAGGAAACUGUUCCUGUUGCAAAGAGUGCAUGCUUUGCCUAGGCACACUUUGGGAUGAGUGCUGUGAUUGUGUUGGUAUGUGCAAUCCUCGCAACUACAGUGACACCCCUCCAACUUCCAAGAGCACUGUAGAGGAGCUGCAUGAACCAAUCCCUUCCCUCUUCCGGGCACUCACAGAAGGGGAUACUCAGCUGAACUGGAAUAUUGUUUCCUUCCCUGUUGCAGAAGAACUGUCACAUCAUGAGAAUCUAGUGUCAUUUUUAGAAACAGUUAACCAGCCGCAGCACCACAAUGUCUCUGUUCCAAGCAACACUGUCCACUCACCAUACUCCAGCGACAAAGAAAACAUGUGCACUGUGGUCUAUUUUGAUGACUGCAUGUCAAUACAUCAGUGCAAGAUCUCUUGUGAGUCCAUGGGAGCAUCAAAAUACCGGUGGUUUCACAAUGCCUGCUGUGAGUGUAUUGGGCCAGAAUGUAUCGACUAUGGCAGUAAAACUGUAAAAUGUAUGAACUGCAUGUUUUGAAGCAGAGAAGCUGUAUAAUAGUAAUGUGGAGGCCAAAGCAGCGUCUCUUAAUUAAAAAGAUGGGGAUUGGAAGUAUUGCAUUAUGGGAUAUGUUCUGGGAGCAACUAAACAUGAAUGAUUUGAGAAAAGAUGUAUACAAUUCAAAGCAUAGCUGUAAUUUUUUUUUCUUUUUAAAUCCUGUAAACAAUGCUAAUUGGCAAAUGUUUCAACUGUAUUGUUUAUUUUUUCCUUAUUCUUAGUCGAGUAGCAUAACCAUCCUCAUGCUUCCUGUCCUGAUUGUUUUGCUUUGAUCUGAAUAUAUUGCCUAUACUCAUUUUCAGAAUGUAAUGUUGUAUUUAGCAGUUCAGAAUAGUGAAGCCUCAACAAGAUUCCCAUUAUUUAGAAGUUCCACAAGUGCUCAAAUAGAUAAUGCUCUUCCAUGUAUGUUUUAUAACUCUCCAGUAUAAGAGCCAUAAGACUCCAGUGGCUUAUGGUCUUACACCAGUGGCCCAGACUCCUAUUGUGAAAAUGUCCUCAAAAAUAAGAAAACAUUUUUUUUUCCCACUUCAAAACUGGAACUGUAAUAGAUAAAAUCCCAGCCCUAAGCAGGGUGUCCCACCCACUACAAUACCAUGUGUGUGACAUCAUUGCUCCAGCUGUUAUAUGCCUCCAUUC